UUGAAGUGAGAGGGCUUGCUUGCUUGCUUGCGGUUACUUCGGUCCUUCGGAAAUUGCAAUCAAGACACACAGAUAGCUGCAUGAUCUCUCUGGUACGAAUGAAGAAUGAGCAGCAGUGGCCGCGGCGGGGAUUAUUCUUGUUCUUCUUGGCUUAAGGACUCGCUCAACCGGCCAAGCGACCGGUAGGGUGAGCCUGCGGAUUCCAUUUCUGCACAGCUCAUUUGAUUCCAGUACAGGUAAUCGAUUUCCAUACGGCUCAGUCGAUUUCCGUACGGGUCAGUUGAUUUUGAUUUCUGUACGGCGCAGUUGAUUUCCGUACAGCUCAGCCGAUUUCCGUACGACUCAGUCGAUUUCCGUACGACGCAGUCGAUUCAUUCUGUGUGUGCUCUCUGUGUGUGUCUCUGUGAGUGCGGUCUCGUCGAUUUCCACCCGGCGCAGUCGAUUUCCGUACGGCUCAGUCGAUUUCCGUACGGUGCAGUCGAUUUCCGUACGGUGCAGUCGAUUCCUUCUGCGUGUGCCCCGUGUGUGUGUGCUGUGUCUUGGUUUGUUCUGUGCUCGGCGGUGUGGCCCCUCCUGUGCGUACGUCACAUACGCCGCGGCUGCUUUGAGAACUUUUUGGCUUUUUUAAUAUUGUACAAGACUCAGAAACCUUUUUUUUUUUUUUGUUCUCCUUCUUGAAACUUUGAGAAAUUUUAAUCUGGAAACCAUGGCAGAGGAACAACAACCUCUGGUAAACGAACAAGCGGUGAUCUCCCGGUUCGGCGCUUUGCGAAAUGAAGUGAAUCAGCUAUGGCAGAAAAUAACUGAGCUGGAGAUGGAGAUGAAUGAGCACAAUCUCGUGAUCGGCGCCAUCGAGCCGAUGGAGCCGUCGAGGAGAUGUUAUCGCUUGAUUGGAGGAGUUCUGGUCGAGCGCACGGUGGCGGAGGUCCUGCCUGCAGUGACGAGGAACUGCGAAGGGCUGAAGGAGGUAAUAGGCAAACUAGGGGAGCAGUUGCAAAAGAAGAGGAAGGAGCUGGCUGAGUUUCAGAUGAAGUACAAAAUCCGCAUAAAGGGGGCAGACGAGUCCACAGAGGUGAAAGAGAGUGCCUCCCAAGGGCAAGGGGUCUUAGUGAGGCCUGCGGAGGCAUCGUCGGCGUAAAUCCACAGCAAAAAUGCGCCCCAAUUUGAUGAAUGAAUGGGGAUUCUUCUGCUGUCAUUCCUUUUUUAUUUUGCCUUUUCUUCUUCUUUAUAACUUUUCAUUUUCUCUUUUUACGUGUCGUUUGGCAAGUGGGUGGGGGGGAGGCGGCGGCGUGUUUAGGUGGGGAGAAGAGAGAGGAGGACGGCCGGAGGGCGUGGUGGGUGGGUGUGGCAGGGUGCGCGAUCGGUGAUGUUGCCCUGUGAUGAUUGGCUGACUGAGUCUGGAGUACAAUUUCCGUCAUUAGUUUCUCAUCGCUGAUUUGUUCUCUUAGGAUGACGCCUGUCUUUUUUAUGAAAUGUACAUGAAAGAAAAACCCACACGAAAGUCAUAAAACCUCUCUCUCACCGCUCGAUGAAUGAAAUCAUGCACACUCU